AUGCGUCCUUCCCGAUGGGUCGUCCAUCACGAAGUUAUCGGUGAGAAAUCCCUGGCCGCCCGCAGCUCAUGGGUGGAAAACCACUUUCGGCACUGCUGGGGAUUUCCAGGAGGACGCUCGCGCAGGGGGUUGGCGUUCGAGGAGCCCGCUGGCAGCCAGCGCGAGGGAUUUCGCGUGCAGAGCGAUUUCGUUGUGGCUGCCUCUCCUCUGCAGCCGCCCCCCAGGGGGCGUUCAGGGGACCUGGGCUCUGCUCCUCCCCGUGUCCCUGCUCAAGAGAGGGUGAGGUGGGCGCUUUCAAAGGGGCCUGAUGGGUGGGAAGGUACAAGGAGACCAGACAAUGGGACGGCACCGUCCGCCGGCGGGCCCUGCCUCACGUUUGCCCUCCCUCUCUGCAGCAACAACAACCCGUACACCUCCUUCGGGGCCACGCUGGCGCGGGACGAGGAGCAGAACCUGUGGAGCACCCCCCACGACGUGACCCACACCGAGGCGGACGACGACCGCGUGCUCUACAACAUGAUCGUGGUCAGGAACCAGCUGGACACAGACUCGGAGGAAUGGCAAAAGCUCAACUACGAUAUUUAUACCUUACGACAAACCCGAAAAGAAGUGAGAAGCAGGUGGAAACACAUUUUGGAAGAUUUAGGUUUCCAGAAGGAAGCAGACUCCCUAUUAUCGGUAACCAAACUCAGCAUUAUCAGUGAUUCUCAGAACAUGGGCAAAGCCCGGGAGAUCCUGCUAAAGCUCUCCGAAGAGACAAACAUCUUCCCAACCAGCUGGGAGCUUUCUGAGCGGUACCUUUUCGUGGUGGAUCGGCUUAUAGCCCUUGAUGCUGCAGAUGAAUUCUUCAAGAUGGCCAGUGUGGUGUAUCCCAAGAGACCCAGUGGGGAAAGAGGGGAUGAC